AAUAACAAUCUGUGGUUUUCGAUAGCAAAUGGGUAACAAGUAGCAAUGGCCUGCUGUGAUAGUAAUGGCCGUUACUGAUUACCAGUUGUAUGUAUGCUGGUGUGAGAGUUUCCCGGUAAUAAUAGAAAAAGUUUAACCAAUUUUGCUUAAAGGAUUAUGCCACCAAAAAAACGAGAAAAAGAUGGUGAAUCUACAAAAAAUCCCAGAAUGGACCACAUACAAGCAGACCACGAACUAUUUCUCCAAGCAUUCGAAAAACCGACACAAAUUUACAGGUACCUGAGGACAAGGAAUAUGUGUUCGCCUAUUUUUUUGAAUCGCUGCCUCACGUAUAUGAGAAAUCGAAUGUCAAGAUCGAAUAAAGCACGUAGUUCCUUCAAAGUCGAUUCUAUUUUACAAAAAGUAAGUCAAAAACAGAAGGGUAACACUCUUUUUGGUCUUCCCAGUUUUAUAAACGUUACUUUCCUGGGAUUCUUCGAUAAAACACUAGAUUCAAGCAGCCACGUUGUUCAGGUUGAAACUUCUAUUCUGAAAUUAAGUUAUAAAAAGAGAAAGGACAGCUCGUGGCCAACGAUGCAAGUUCCUUACGGAUCAGUGGAAGUAGUAAUAAAUCCCAGCGAUACUCAUCUACCGCCAUUAGCACCUGCUGUCAGCAUUCCAACUGAUCUCUUCACUUCAAAUGGAGGAGCAACUGCUAAAUCCUAUAUUUUACUACUCAGGGUGCGCUGCAUACCGUCCUCAAGCUCAUCUGAGCCGGAAGAUGAGCCUGUGAUUAAAAGACGUAAAUCUAUUAGUAAUCUGAAUGGACGAUCAUUUGAAGAAACAAAACUUUAUGGCUCAGAACUGGUUGUAUAUGAUAAGCACAACAGGUGUCUAUUGACUGACGGCGACUAUGAAGUUGUAAUGCAAGAAAUACCGGGGAUCUCGAAAACAUCACCGAAGAAACAUUCCAGCUGGGAGAACAUUUCUGAUCUAAGCGACACUUGUUGCAAUUUGGACGUUUUUAUGAAAGGUCCGAGUCUCAAAUUUAAACUCAGCUGGUCACAGAAUGCCAUAGGACGCUAUGUCGAACGGCCCAAGCCAUAUCCUAUUUGUGACAACAAGGAAAACGUCCCAGCAAUCCAGAAUGGCGAAGAAAGCGGCAUAAAGCAGGAAAAACUCCAAAUCGUCUAUCAAUUUGUUUACAACAAUAAUUCUCGGCAACAAACGGAAGCUUGUGAAGAUCUUCACUGUCCAUGGUGUAGUCUUAACUGCAACACCCUCUACACCCUCCUAAAACACCUAAAAUUGUGCCAUUCCCGUUUCACUUUCACUUACGUCCCCAUUUCCGUGGGUGCAAGGAUAGACGUGGCUAUCAAUGAGCUGUAUGACGGUUCGUAUACAGGUUCGCCCCACGAUCUUAUUUCUCAGCCCUCGGGUUGUGCCUUCUCCCGAAACGGCCCCGUCAGGCGAGCCUCCGUUACUCAUAUUCUUGUUUGUCAUCCUAAAAGACCAAAGCCAAGCCUCUCCGAGUUUCUCGAACUUGACGACUGCGAAUAUGACGGCCAAAGACCGUUUAUUACGGGACAUAAUAGACUGUAUCACCACACGACCACCUGUCUCCCUAUUUAUCCAAAAGAAAUGGACAUCGACUCCGAAGGAGAAAAUGAUCCUGAGUGGUUGAGAGCAAAAACAAUGAUGAUGAUAGACGAGUUCACUGACGUAAAUGAGGGAGAAAAAGAAUUGAUGAAGAUGUGGAACUUGCACGUGAUGAAAUACGGAUUCGUCGGGGAUUGCCAGAUACCUCUAGCAUGUGCCAUGUUUGUGCAACACAAGGGACAAGAGCUGCUGUUGAAAAACCUGUACAGAAAUUUCGUUAUUCACAUGUGUAGUUUAUUUGAUUUCGGUCUGGUGAGUGCCGUGUGCCUGUACCAAACGAUACAGAAACUUCAAGACAUGGUUGGAGAAACGGGGGCCAUUAGAAACGUUCUAAGGGAGUCUCGAGUCGCACAAAUGGAUAAUUGGACCAAAGCAAUUACAGCUCACGGAUCUUCCGAUAAAAUGGAGCAUGCAAAGACACCUGUAGGACGUAAGACUGUUAAUGUUGGGGUGCAGAGGCGCAAAGGCACCCCCACCCCGGCCGAAGGACCCUUGAGACGAAAAUCAACCGGCGAAGCGUCACGCAAGCGACUUUCGAUGUGUUUGGGUAAACCUGAACAAAAACACUGCGCCAGUUAGCUUUAAGUUCCGCAUACAUUGUGAUAAAGACAAUGCGUUGGCGUACAAAAUACUUUUUUUUUCGUUAAUUUUUACUUUAUGUAAUCGAUCAAGAGUGUAAAUAAUUUAGAAACGUCUUUUUACGUACCUAUAGAUAUAUAUGAAAUGAUUUUUUUAACUUUUUACUGAAUAGUGCAGUGUAUGCUGUCGUUUUCUUUUUUAUUUUGCAAGCAAAAUGUACUGCCUGGAUACUGACAAUUUUUCUAGAAAUGAACCGAUAAAAAAUUGUCUAUGUACCUAUGGGUAGGGUAGUGGGGUAGUUUUAUUUUUAAUUGUGCUUUAUUAUCAUCACCCUUCGUGUUUUUACAAUUACCUAGUUUAAAUCGUUAAAUUUUUACUCAAAAAAAGGAUUGCUGGAGAUUAAUCAAAUUGUUAGUUUUGAAUUGAAAGAUUUGUUUGUUUGAUCUGCAGAAAUGUGAAUAAGCUCAUUAACAUGGAAACAUUAAUAAGGAAUAUAAAAUUGUUUUGCAUAGUGUAGGAGUAAAAGUGAUGUAAAAAAUUUAUUCAAUUUCGUUUAGAAUUUUCGAUGUUUGACUGAAAGAAAAAAAAGAGGUAAUAACAUCAGUUAAUAAGGUAGGCUAAUGAUUAUGAAUGGUAGUGUAUUAGAAAUGUGUUCUUGAUUGGUAUACACUGUUAUAUAUAACAAUAAAUAUAUGUAAGCCAAACACUGCCACUAUAACAAUUUUUUUUUUAUUUUUAAUUUUCUAGUCUUUUACAAUCAGUCAUUGUCAGCAUUUUUAAUAUUUGUGCAUACAAAGUUAUUAGUGCCUUAUGGAUUUUUUCCGACAUAUAAAGAGCAGUUUUGAAUUAUUCUUUUUUUUUCUUUUCUGAUUUUAGUUCCUAGUUCCGUUUUAAUACAUAUUUAUUUUUGUUUUUACUCUUUGUUAAAUAGCUGCCAAUAUAAUAUUAAUGUACUUUUUGUGUAAUAUUACAUACAACUUAAUCUGUAAAUAUAUUUUUAACAAAGACAAUUUUCUAUAUUUUAUCAUUAUAACAGCGAUUUUGAAUAAAUUGUUUU